CACUCUCACUCCAGCUACUCUCUACACCCCGCCCCUCCCUCUUUCUCUUCUCUCCUCCACACACCGCCCACCCAAACACCACAAAAAAUGCGGCUCCUUUUCUUCCUCCUCCUCCUCCUCCUCCACCUCCACUCUCUCUCCGCCAUCGCAAUGUCCAACUACCGCGCCCUCCUCUCCCUCAAGUCGUCCAUAACCUCCGACCCCAACUCCGCCCUUUCCACCUGGACCCCCACCACCAGCCACUGCACUUGGUCCGGCGUCACCUGCGACUCCUCCCGCCGCUACGUCACCUCCCUCGACCUCUCCGGCCUCGACCUCACCGGCACUCUCUCCCCUGACCUCGCCCACCUCCGCUUCCUCGCCAACCUCACCCUCGCUGAGAACCAGUUCUCGGGUCCCAUCCCGCCUGAGAUCUCCGCCCUCUCCGGCCUCCGCCUCCUCAACCUCUCCAACAACGUCUUCAACACCACCUUCCCCCCUCAGCUCUCCAACCUCACCCGCCUCACCGUCCUCGACCUCUACAACAACAACCUCACCGGUGACCUCCCCGUCUCCGUCACCCACAUGACCUCCCUCCGCCACUUGCAUUUGGGCGGCAACUUCUUCUCCGGCCAGAUCCCUCCCGAGUUCGGCCGCUUCCCAUUCCUCGAGUACUUAGCCGUCUCCGGCAACGAACUCGGCGGCCCAAUACCGCCCGAAAUUGGAAACUUAACCACCUUGAAAGAGCUCUACAUCGGCUACUUCAACAGCUACGAAGGCGGAAUACCGCCCGAAAUUGGAAACUUGUCCAAUCUCGUCCGCUUCGACGCCGCCAACUGUAACUUAACUGGAGAGAUCCCGCCGGAAGUGGGUCGACUGCAAAAUGUUGACACCCUGUUUCUCCAGGUCAAUGCUCUUUCCGGGUCGUUGACACUCGAGCUGGGUUACCUCAAGAGCUUGAAAUCCAUGGACUUAUCCAACAACGUGUUUACGGGCGAGAUUCCGGGUUCCUUUUCGGAGCUCAAGAACUUGACCCUUUUGAAUCUCUUCCGAAACAGGCUCCAUGGCGCCAUUCCCGACUUUAUCGGCGACUUGCCGGAGCUCCAGGUGUUGCAGCUCUGGGAGAACAACUUCACCGGCAGCAUACCUCAGGGUCUGGGCAAAAAUGGGAAGCUCCAAAUUCUCGACCUUUCGUCGAACAAGUUGACGGGAACUCUCCCUCCCGAUAUGUGUUUCGGGAACAAUCUCCAGACCCUCAUCACUCUGUCAAACUUCCUUUUCGGGCCGAUUCCCGAGUCGCUUGGCCGGUGCGAUUCGCUGAGUCGGAUUCGAAUGGGUGACAACUACCUCAACGGGUCGAUUCCGAAAGGGCUGCUUAGUUUGCCCAAGCUUACACAAGUCGAGUUGCAGGAUAAUCUCUUAGACGGUUCGUUUCCCGAGACAGAUUCAAUCUCGGGGAAUCUCGGCCAGAUUAGUCUCUCCAAUAACCGGCUUUCGGCUCUUCCGCCCAGCAUCGGCAACUUCUCCGGCGUCCAGAAGCUUCUUCUCGACGGAAACAAGUUUUCGGGUCGAAUUCCACCCGAGAUUGGGCGAUUACAGCAGGUAUCCAAGAUGGAUUUCAAGCACAACAAGUUCAUGGGUCCCAUAACGCCCGAAAUCAGCCAUUGCAAGCUCUUGACAUUCGUCGAUCUCAGCCGAAACGAGCUCUCCGGCGAGAUUCCGAAGGAGAUUACUGGUAUGAGGAUACUGAACUACCUCAACCUGUCGAGAAACCAUCUUGUGGGCAGCAUUCCGUCGUCUAUAUCCACAAUGCAGAGCCUGACAUCUGUGGACUUUUCGUAUAACAAUCUUUCGGGUUUGGUUCCGGGGACCGGUCAGUUCAGUUACUUCAAUUACACAUCGUUUCUGGGAAACCCCGAUCUCUGCGGUCCCUAUUUGGUUCCCUGCAAAGACGGGGUUGCCAAUGGCACUCACCAACCUCAUGUCAAAGGUGCACUCACUGCUUCACUGAAGCUAUUGCUUGUUAUUGGGUUGCUUCUGUGCUCGAUCAUAUUCGCUGUUGCAGCGAUAAUCAAGGCCCGGUCGUUGAAGAAAGCAAGCGAUUCCCGAGCUUGGAAACUGACUGCAUUCCAACGGUUGGACUUCACGGUUGAUGAUGUGUUGGAUUCGUUGAAGGAGGACAACAUUAUUGAAGGAGGGGCUGGGAUUGUGUACAAAGGAGCUAUGCCUAGUGGUGACAAUGUGGCUGUCAAAAGACUCCCUGCAAUGAGCAGAGGCUCCUCCCACGACCACGGAUUCAACGCCGAAAUCCAAACUCUUGGUCGAAUUCGGCACAGGCACAUUGUUCGACUAUUGGGUUUCUGUUCGAAUCACGAGACAAAUCUUUUAGUCUAUGAGUACAUGCCCAAUGGGAGCUUGGGUGAAGUUCUUCAUGGUAAGAAAGGGGGUCACUUGCAUUGGGACACAAGGUACAAAAUCGCCAUUGAGGCUGCAAAGGGUCUAUGCUAUCUUCACCACGACUGCUCGCCUUUGAUCGUCCACAGGGACGUGAAGUCGAAUAACAUCCUUCUCGACUCCAAUUUCGAAGCUCAUGUUGCUGAUUUCGGCCUUGCCAAGUUCCUGCAGGAUUCCGGAACAUCCGAAUGCAUGUCCGCAAUUGCUGGUUCUUAUGGAUAUAUUGCUCCAGAGUAUGCAUACACGUUGAAGGUUGAUGAGAAGAGCGACGUUUAUAGCUUCGGUGUGGUUCUCUUGGAGCUUGUUAGCGGCAGGAAACCGGUUGGUGAAUUUGGGGACGGAGUAGACAUAGUCCAGUGGGUGCGAAAAAUGACAGACUCAAACAAGGAAGGAGUCCUCAAAAUCCUUGACCCUAGACUCCCUUCAGUUCCUCUCCAUGAGGUUAUGCACGUAUUUUACGUUGCAAUGCUGUGCGUGGAAGAACAAGCAGUGGAGCGUCCAACAAUGCGAGAAGUGGUUCAAAUUCUAACCGAGCUUCCAAAGGCACCUGGCUCAAAACUGGUAGAGGAUUCAGCCAUCACAGAGUCCUCCCCUCCCCCUGCCACUACUGCAUCAGAGUCUCCAGGUACAACGUCAAAAGACACGAAAGACCAGCCACCACCUGCAGUCUCCGCCGCCUGAUCUUCUUAGCAUAUGAAGUCAUAGUUUUUUUCUUCUUCUUGGAAUGCAAGUGUUCGUUCUAAAAUUGCACGAAUCGUACUAGCGUUUUUACUGUAUGUGUUGUUUAGUUUUAUUUGGGAGGGGUUGGUUUGGUCUAACUUUUAAGUUUGAAGUUUUUCGGUGUACAGUUGGACGUUUGGGGGAGGGGGGAGGCUAUUUUCUUAUAAGUUUGUCUUCAUCAUGUAGUAGUAAUGGUAGUAGUACUGAAUGCUGAUUUCCACUUCA